AUGAAGCUCUCUCUUCUCACCGUCGCCACUGUCGCUGGUGCUGCCGUCGCUGCCCCCGCCCCAGCCGAGGCCGAUGCUCUUGUUGGAAAGGUCCAGGGCUUUGAUGUCUCUUCCUACCAACCAAAUGUCGACUUCCGCGCUGCCUACGCUGGUGGUACCCGAUUCGUCAUGAUCAAGGCCACUGAGGGAACCACCUACAAGUCUGCCACCUUCAACACGCAGUACACCAGUGCCACCAGCAACAACUUCAUCCGUGGUGGUUACCACUUUGCCCACCCAGACACCUCCGCUACUGCUCAAUGCGACUACUUCCUUGCCAAUGGCGGUGGCUGGACCAGCGAUGGAAUCACCCUCCCCGGUAUGAUUGACUUAGAGGGCACCUCCGGUAAGCCCAAGUGCUACGGGCUCAGUGCCAGCGCCAUGAUCGCUUGGAUCAAGGCUUUCUCCGACCGUUACAACGCCAGAACCGGCCGUUACCCCAUGAUCUACACCUCUCCUGACUGGUGGCAGUCCUGCACCGGAAACACCAAGACUUUCGGCACCACCAUCCCACUUGUCCUCGCCCGCUGGGCUUCCAGCCCCGGAACUGCCCCAGGUGGCUGGCCAUACCAAACCUUCUGGCAGAACGCCGACACCUACAAGUAUGGAGGCGACUCAGAGAUCUUCAACGGUGAUAUGGACCAGCUCAAGCGCUUCGCCAAGGGUGGUUAA